AAUCAAGUGGUAAGAUAAUCCGGAAACAAUGACAAUAUCCUAUGACGAGGAGUUCUCCUCGUUGAUGCUCCGAUGGAGAGGAUCCAUUUGGAAGGCUGUGCUCAAGGAUCUCAUUGGUUUCUAUAUUGCAUAUUAUAUUGUGCUCGCUUUUCAGUGGUAUUUAUUGGAUGAGAAAGGUAAAGAAUACUUCACUGGAUGGAUUAUGUGGUGUGAAAUUGGAGCACAGUACAUUCCACUUUCAUUCUUACUUGGUUUUUUCGUUUCUCUUAUCGUUGCGAGAUGGUGGGAACAGUUCAAUUGUAUCUCUUGGCCUGACAAGAUGAUGAUUAUGGUUUCCGCAUGCCUUCCCGGCAACGAAAACAUGGUGGUCCGUCAAACAAUUGCUCGUUGGAGCAGUCUCCAAGCAGCAAUUGCAUGGUCCGGUGUUUCAGUGAAGACGCUGAAACGAUUCCCGACUGAACGGCACAUGGUUGCAUCAAAAUUGAUGACUGAAGAGGAAUACGAUUUGUAUAUGAACACAGAUGCUCCACAUGGAAAGUGGUUUAUUCCAAUUUUAUGGAUUGUUAAUUUAAUUAAGAAACAGAAACAAAAAGGAAUUAUUGAUUCGAUUCAAAUGGAUAUGCUCCUCAAACAGGUCUACAGUUAUCGUGAUGGAUUUGCUAUGCUCUUCGUUUACGAUUGGAUCAAAAUUCCACUCGUGUAUACUCAAGUUGUUGCCAUUGCCACAUAUGGUUACUUCUUUAUUUGUCUUAUUGGAAGACAGCCAAAACUUGAUCAAAGAAGUAUGGAAAAGGAAAUCACUAUUCUUUUCCCUAUUUUCACAACUUUCCAAAUGCUUUUCUACCUUGGUUGGUUGAAGGUCGGACAGUAUCUUAUGAAUCCAUUUGGAGAAGACGAUGAUGAUUUUGAGCUGAACUACGUUCUUGACAGAAAUACAGCUAUUGCUCACAUGAUGGCUUCUGAACUUUCUGAUCAACUUCCAUCAAUUGGAGCUCCAAUGGUUCCAGCAGUUCCACAUACAAGAGCUUCUUUCAAAAUUCAGGAUGUGAUACCUAAAUCUCAUCUUGCCGGUUUUAAGCUUUCUGAAGCUGAGAUGAAAUUAAUUAAGCCAGAAGAUUUAGAAGAGCAUGAAAGAUUGAUGGAAGAAACAAAAGUAACUAAUAGACAAAGACUUGGAACUCUUGUUAGAGCUCUUGAAAAGAAAAGUCGUACAAAUGCUACUAUUAAUGAAGAUGACGAGGAGUAAGAGAAAGCCACUGGAAACUUUUUAGACUUAUAUAUUAUCCUUCAAAUCGUUUCAAUCAUCCACAUGAUCACUUCUUAUUGCCAAAGUUCUUAAUAAUUUGUUAAUUGUAAUAUGGUUUUUUUCUUUUUAAAUCCGUUGGAUAAAUCUUUGAAAA